AUGACUUCAUCACCUAUUCUUCUCAUACUCGGCGCGGGAUCAGGUGUUGGAACAGCAGUCACAGAGCGAUUCGCAAAGCUCGGCUACAAGAUAGCCCUUGUCUCACGCCGGAAUUCCAGCCCUCCCUCAGUCACAUCAGAGGGGUACCUAAGUAUUAGAGCCGACCUAGCUGACGUUGACGCGUAUAAAAGCAUAUACGACUCCAUUCGUGAGACGUUUGGUGGAGUUCCUAAUGUCAUAGUCUUCAACGCCUACGGUCUAACGGCCCCAAGCGAGGAAGGCAACAUAUUCACGGUGCCAUUGGAAUCGUUCCGUCAUGACUUGGAGCUUGCAGUGAUUGGCCCAUAUGUUGCUGCCAGAGAAGCCUAUCGGCUCUGGACCGAAGAUAAUGAUGAAACCAAGAGAACUUUCAUCUACACGGGCAACAUCCAAGCGAAAAAACUGUUGCCCAUGCCUGUGAUUACCUCUAUGGGUGUGACGAAGCGCGCAAGCUAUUACUGGCUGGGUGUGGCAGACAAGUUGUACCGAGAGAAAGGCUUCCGUUUCUUCUUUACAGAUCAGAGAAGCUCUCAGGGCGGGCCGAACAAUGUUGCUGGACCGGAGGAACACGCUGAGAUGUACGAGAGAAUAGUCAAGAGUCCGGAUGAAUAUCCAUUCUACGCCACCUUUGUGGACGGGAAAGGGCUGGUACAGUUUGAGGAUAGUGAAGAGUGA